AUGGAUCCCAACGCGCUCUACAUUGCGCUCUUCAUUCGUGAUGAUCCUCCUAAACCCAACGAUUAUCACUGGGCGCCCUACCACCACCGCAUCGACAGCAGCACCAAGUACCACAUCACCAACGAAGGGAACGGCUGGAUGGCCGGACAUGGCCCCGAGUCAGGCACUGGUAUCCUCAAAGCCUUCCUCCUCGUGGGUCUGAUACAAAUUGCAACCAUAAAAUCCACUACCUCGGCGCAGGAGACUUUAGAACGUGUCUUCCGAAGCUACGACGGAUACCUGAACGACAACGAAUACAGAACAUGCCGGACCUGGCUAUUAGAUGUGUUGAGAGAUCUACAGGAGGAUACGGGCAUGCUAAAUGGAGUCGACAUUGAAUCACUGGAGAAAGAGGCAAUGGACUGGAGCAAUCAUUCUAAUCCUUAUCUUUGUUCGAGAAUUACUGGAUUGAAAGCCUCCCGCCUGCACCAAUAUCAAUACUCCAAAGCUCCUCUCACCGCUUUUCCAUCUUUGCCGGGCAGAAUCAGUCCAUUUCCUUCUCCGCCCCGCAUUCCAGCACUUUUUUUCCGCAUCGCAUUAUCCACCUAUCAAUCAGCCAAUAUCCCUCAAUCUGCACAAUUAGACCGUCACAAUGAGGGUAAACUUGAUUCAAUUGCUCUUGCUAUUGUCGACCCCCAAUCCGCCACCCUCACCAACAUAGAGGUCCUAGCCUAUCUAACGGCCAACCCACCACGGCGACCACCGAACCCGCCGCCGAACUCAAGAAACUGGGUUCCCAGCCCGGAUCUACGAGACCACAAUACCGUUGUUAAGGAGAUCCACAACUACGUCACACGACUCUCUCCCCAUCUCCUCAAGUACCCCAAGUACACCCACCUCUCCCCCGCCCAAAUACAAGCCCAGUCACAGUCGACGACAACCACAGCAAUCCCCCCAUCCCAGAUCAACGCCCCCACACCCCUCGACCAUGCGCUCCGAGAGCUCGUCACUAGAUUACAGCCCUACGGGCUAACCAAGGGUGAGGUGCUGAUGAUCGUGAACCUGGGGGUGGGGUUACAUGCGCCCGCGACGGAAGGUGAAGAAGGUGAAGAAAUGGGUGAGGGAGGGGAAGAAGAUGAGAGUGCAGAACAUCAUGGUAAUGGUGGGGAGGAGACGAACGGGAUGAUGGAGGUGGAUGGGGCUGAGGAAGGACAAGGAGGGGACGGUGAAAUACCAGAAGAGGAUUACGGGGCGUUGGCGCUGUUGGAUACAGUUAUUGAGGAGCGCGAGGAGAGACUGAGUAAUGAGGAUGUGACGAAUGUUUUGGCGAUUAUUCGGGAGACGUUGGGGUCGAGGAAGGGAGAGGGGGUGGAUGAGGAGGGAUAG